AUGUCGAUGAUUCAUUGCCACGAUGACAAACAGUUUGUCAUUCUUGAUCAACGUGUGUUUUUGAGUCAUAUUUAUGGACAUACAAAAGAUUGGAGAAAUAGUACAACAGAAGACAGUAGAAAAAAUUUAACUUGGAGACAAGAUUUAUUUUAUGUUGAACGACCAUUUCGAAUGACAAAUACGGAACAAACGAAAAAAAAGAAGAAGAAAAAUAUGAAACGAACUUAUGAUGAAGCAUUUAAUGAAAAUUCAAAUGAUUUAAUAUUAAAACUUCAUGAAGCAGUGAAUUUUUGUAAAAGUAAAUUAUUAUUAAAUAAUAAUGAAUUAUUAAUUCAAACUGAACAUACAUUUAAUAGUAUACCUUUUGCUGAAGUUGCUACUCAACAAUGUAAUAAUAUUCCAUCAAUUAGACAAAUUGUUUUAACAGAUUAUUUUCUUCGUGCAUCAAAAUUAGGCAUACAAACAAAUAUUCUUUAUACUCAUAAUAAAAAUCAUCCGAGUAUAAUUGAUACUGCUUUUGCAGGACAAAUCGUAUUACCAGAAAAUUGUCGAUUUUUAUGGUCGGAUAUAAAAAAUUCGACAUUACUUGUAAGUGAAGGAACAAAAUAUUCAUUUAUUGUAUUAGAUCCACCAUGGAUAAAUAAAAGUGUACGACGAAAACGUCCAUAUAAUUGGUCAGAUUUUAAUGAUAUUAAAAAUUUACCUAUUGAACAUUUAAUUGAUCGUACACGAUCAUCAUUAAUUUGUUGUUGGUCAACAAAUUGUGAUAGAAUUGAAGAUUUUAUUAAAAAUGAUUUAUUUAAUAAAUGGAAUUGUCAAUAUUUAACAACAUGGUAUUGGUUAAAAGUAACUAGAUCCGGUGAACCAAUACUUGAUUUAACAUCCAUAGAUAAAAAAUCUUAUGAAACAUUAAUACUUGGUUAUACAGGAGAUGAUGAUAAAUUUAAUUCAUUCAAACAAACAACUAAAAUUCUUUGCAGUGUUCCUGCAUUGAUUCAUUCAACAAAACCCGCAUUACAUUUAUUAUUUCAAAGUUUAAUUAAUUUUCCAAAUAAUGAAAUAGAUCAUUGUUUAGAAUUGUAUGCGAGAAAUUUAUUACCAAAUUUUACAUCAAUAGGAAAUGAGGCAAAAAAAAAUGAUUUGAAAAAUUUUCUUUUUAUAAAAUAA